AUGUCAACUCAUGGCGCCUACAAAACCGAACCCUUCCCCCUCCGCCGCCCCGUCCUCGCACCAUCGCAGUCUCUCUACUACCUCUCGCCCUCGUCUGCAGUUUCUUGCAGCUUGCUGGAUGGCGAGGAAGGCGGCGCAGGCCCAGAGCGUUGGCGGCGGGCUGCAGCGGCGGCGAGGCAGCUGAAGAAGCGCUCGGCGUGGACCGGCGUGCGGGCCCGGCUGUGGGGCGGGUGGGCGGUGGAGAUCCGCGUGCCGCUCUCCCGCCAGAGGCUCUGGGUCGGCGCGUUCGAGACCGACAGGCAGGCGGCGCUCGCCUACGACGCCGCCUUGUUCUGCUUCUACGGCGAGGACCUGCCAAAGAAGCGCGGGUUCAACUUCCCCGCCGCGCCGCGCCCCGACAUCGACGAGGACGUGCGCGCCGGGCUCAGCGUCGCCGCCGUCAAGGACAUCGCCAACAAGCACGCUCGCGGCCUCCAGCUGGGCCUCGCUAUUGCGCCGCCGGCGUGCACCGCAGCCGAACCCCUGCAGCAGGCGGCGGCGGCGGCUGGUCCUUCUGCCGGCGCGGAUGCACCUGCUGCUGGUUACCAUGGGCGCAACCCAAACGCCGAGGUAGAAACUACCUUGCGGCUGUGCCUGUGA